AUGCAGCUCACUCAGCUUUUCAUCGCUACCGGCCUCUUCGCCUCUUCUAUCAUGGCCGCCCCUACUGCCAGCGUUUCCAUGAUGGCCGCCGGUCCCCAGUGGACCAUUCAGAACAUGAAGCGCGCCUGCAACGCCGAGAACACUUCCUGCACAUGGAACUUUGGCAUCUACCCCGGUACCGGCGCCGCUACCCCCUGCAACUACGUUGUGAAGGGCAACACUGCCUCUCACGCCAACGGUGGCCCUGUCACUUGCGGUGGAUACACCGUCACCUCCGGCUGGAGCGGCCAGUUCGGUGAGGGCAAUGGCUUCACCACCUUUUCCGUUGUCGACAACAAGGCCCGCCAGAUCAUCUGGCCUGCCUACACCGACAAGCAGGUUGAGGGCGGCAAUGUUGUCAAGCCUGACCAGAGCUACGCUCCCGCUGCUCUUCCCUAA